AUGAUCACUUCAUCGUUUCAUGAUCCGAAAUUUGGUCAGUACGCUAACCCAAGAUUUACGAGUUUUGUUCAACAUCGAGGGUCAAUUCCAUUAUAUUGGACUCAAGAUUUGAACCGCCUUCCAAAACCUCCGAUAGAGAUUAAUUUAUCCGAUCCAUUCUACCAAAGUUCUGCUUUGCAUUUCGACAAUUUGAUCCAAAGGUACAAUUUUCCAAUCAUUAUCCUUAACUUGAUCAAGACGAAGGAAAAACAUCCCAGAGAACUGAAGCUCUCUAGACAGUUUGAAAAUUGCGUAGCUUACCUCAAUCAAUUCUUGAAUAGUCAAACGAGGCUACAGUACCACUCAUUUGAUAUGUCCAAACACUCCAAAAAGAAUGCUGACGUUAUCGGACCCCUUGAGACGCUUGCGAAGUCAAGCAUCAGCAAGACAGGCUUCUUUCAUAAUGGCAGAACAAUCAAAGAAACGAAGAUUCAGAAAGGAGUCAUUCGAACAAAUUGUAUUGACUGCUUAGAUCGAACCAAUGCCGCUCAAUUUAUCAUUUGCAAGGAGGCUCUAUCGCAACAAUUGAAAAGUCUAGGUUUUCUUACUUCUUCGGCAACUUUGGAUUACGAUUCUGAUCUUAUAAAUAUACUCACAGAGAUGUUUCAUGACCACGGCGAUACAAUAGCUGUCCAAUACGGGGGAUCUAAUUUGGUGAACACUAUGGACUCCUAUAGAAGAAUAAAUCAGUGGAGCUCGCACACAAGGGAUAUUCUUAACAGCAUCAAAAGGAUUUAUUCAAAUUCCUUUAUUGAUGUAAUCCGACAGGAAGCAAUUAAUCUUUUUUUGGGCAACUACAUAUAUAAGGCAGAAAAGCCGAAGCUCUGGGAGCUACAAAAUGACUAUUAUUUGCACAAUCAAGGAUCUUCAUUGGAUUUCAACAAAAAGAGAAGCUAUAUUCAUUGGUAUACCGAGCAUGCGAUAACCAGCCCCACGGCCAAGGAUGUUCAACAAAAACCUGCUUCACUACAUGCUCAGCGGCUAGAGCUUAAUGAAUUGUCUGAUAACUGGUUUAAUGAAUGCUAUGUGCCUCGUAAAUUCCAAUCAUUUUCCAAUAUCUUUCAGUUUAACAUGAACUCAAACGCUAGAUAUUUUCCAUCCAGUACAAACGAAGCAAAAGCUUUUGACUACAGUCCUUUUGGGACCCGAAAAGGGAGGUUCAUGGCUAAAUCGAAAAACGGGUUCCGUCUCUCAUCUGAUACAAAAAAGAAAAAUGCUGCCCACGCGUACACUGGACAUACGUCCACGAACGAUUUUGAAUACUCGUCCACUACAUCGCCAGACUUCUCAGAAACCAUUUCCCAUAAGCCAUUCUCUGUCAUUUCGUGUGAUUCAGCUGACCAACGUAUCUUUGCACAAAGCAUCUCUGAAAUACGAGAUUUGAGGAGCAACAAUUCAAUAGACUCAUUUGAGGCUACCAUUCUGCUUUCUACGGAUGACCAGACGGUUUACUCUAAAUCAGUCAAUCCUCCGCCUUUCGAAAAUGGACUGGACAUGCUUCUUAGGGUUAUAGCUACCGAAAGUAUUCAAGAAUAUUGGAAAUACCUCGAAUGCUUCUCCGAAACCAAAAUUUUAAGAACAAAUGAAAGGUACAUAUGA